AGGUUAAGAAGAUGAUGUAACACAAAUCAGCAUAAUAGAAGAAGAAGAAGAAGAAGAAGAAAACAGAGCAGUGUGUAGUGAACGUUUCUCCCAGCCCUCUUCCGAUGGAGGGGUACGAAGACUGGGAUUUUGUACAGACGUUGGGAGAGGGAGCUUAUGGAGAAGUUAAACUGGCUAUAUCCACUAAAACUGACGAACGAGUUGCUGUCAAGAUCAUAGAUACGACCCGCGACGAAUCUGUCCUAGCAAAUGUGAAAAAAGAGUGUGCGAUUCUACAGAUGACAAAAAAGUCGCCUCACGACAACAUCAUCAAGUUUUUGGCUUACAAGUUGAAUGGAGAUAUUCACUACAUUUUCCUGGAGUUAGCUUGCGGAGGGGAGCUCUUCGACAGAAUACAACCGGACGAGGGAAUGGAACGGAUACUGGCCCACAGAUAUUUUCAACAACUCAUAGCUGGAGUCGACCACCUGCAUCUACUUGGUAUAACGCAUCGUGAUAUAAAACCAGAGAACUUGCUGCUUGAUAGGCACGAUAAUCUCCAGAUAACCGACUUUGGGCUCUCUACUAUCUUCAGGCACCAAGGGAAGACACGUCGGAUGGAAAGGAGAUGUGGUACGCCGCCGUACGCUGCGCCGGAAGUACUGGCUGGGGCUCCGUAUCACGCCCGACCCGCUGAUGUGUGGAGCUGUGGUAUCGUGCUGGUGACCAUGUUAGCUGGUGAACUGCCCUGGGAUGAACCUUCUGAUCGAGUGAAAGAGUUUAUAGCGUGGAAGAAAAAGAAGCUCAUGUAUACGCCCUGGACUAAACUUAAUGUGGACGAGAUACGAUUCCUAGAGAAAGUUUUGGCGGUUAACCCCAAAGAAAGACUGACUAUCGAGCAGAUUUGCGAAGAACAGUGGUUCAAAACAGAAAUACCAAUGCCCGAGGUAUGCGAGAUACAAAAGAAGAAGAAGUUGAAGAGAAGUUUCUCCGAUGAAGGCGUGGCCAUGUCUCAACCUGAUCUACUGACCCGGCACAGUGUUCUGAACGAUUCCUUCAACACAACACGGCACAUAUUUGACACAAUCAGUUUCUCACAACCCAACCACCCUGAGUACAUGAUACUCUCUCAGAUUGAUCUCACCCAGGGAGCAUCUCAAGCAACACAGAGUAUACUACAGAGACUGGUUAGGAGGAUGACAAGAUUCCUCAUUAAAAAGUCUCUAGAACAAGCUCAGGAGAAGCUUCAAACUGUUCUUACCGAGCAAAAGCUACAAUUCAAACAGGUAACAUCGACCCAGUACACCGUCAGUACACGUGAUGGGCGAGGUAAGAUCCUGUCAGUCAAGAUCCAACUCUUGGAAAUGUUGGAGGAUAACAUUCUCUUGGAUUUCAGACUGAGCAAAGGUGACGGUAUCGAGUUUAAGAAAUCGUUCAUGAACAUCAGGAAGAAUUUUGGAGAUUGUAUCGUGAAGGCUCCUCACUGAAUUUAUGUAUGAUUAUGGAAGCUAAGGGACCUGGGACAUAUUGUUUGAACAAACCAUAUCAUUGAUAUAGACGGUUGUUUAAUGAACUUAUUUUUAUAAUUGGAAACGAUUAAAUAUUGGAAAUGUUGCUCAAUUGAGUUGUAAUUAUUUGAUUUGGUAUCUUUUUUUUCUUGCUCUAUAUUAUAUGUUUGAUAUCGUAAGUUAAUAUCUUUUUCCCUGACUGAGCAAGAAUAUUUUAAAACUUUAAUUAUAUUUCAUCUCUUUUAUCUACUAUCAAAUGACCAAUGUAAAACUUGAAUUUUUAUUAUUUGACAAUUUCCACAAAAACGUGUCCAUCCGUUGGUAUCGUUACUAUGAUCACGCUGAAGUCUAUUUCUGCUCCAUAACAUCGUGGUGGGAGAGGUA